AAGCUGAGGCGAUCCAACGGCCCGCGGCUGGCUGCUCGCGCGUCACGUUGUUCAGGUCCUAGUCGCGCAUCGCCGUCUCUAUAAAUCCCGUCCAACCCGCUUCCCUCUGGUUUACAACUCCCAGAAUCUCCGAAACCAUCAUCGCAACUCGCAAGUGACACCAAAACCUCCAUUCCCUCCACCCCCUCAGAGUCUCCUACGUUCAUGGCGACGGCGGCUGCGAGUCGGCCCAGCGGGCCUGUGCUGUCGACACCCAACUGCCGCUCCUACUCAUCCACCCCCGUCAAGCUCGCCGGCGGCGACGCCACCCACUUGCUGGGCAAGUCCGUCAGCGUCUCGUCCCCGUCCCCCACCAGGAGCCAGCACUACUGCACGUGCUCCGCGACGAACCACCCGGGCUCGUUCCGAUGCAGCGUCCACAAGGAGCGCAAGCAGGUGGCCCCCGCCGGCAGCAGCAAGCCCCCAUCCCCGCCGUCCAUCCGCGGUCUCGGCUCGAAGCGAAUGAGCAGCCGGCAGUGCGCCCGCAGGGCCCUCAAGCCGUCACCCGCGGUGCAGCAGUCGCAGCAACGGAGGCGCGCGGGCGGGUUCCGCCCCAGGCCCAGUAGGCUCUCCGCCGUGUCCACCGCCGGCGAGCGUCCCCGCGACAACUAGACGUAAACAAAUCAACCUCGACAUGCCAUAGCAAGAUGCUGACAAUGAAUAAGGACAAAACUUUUGGAGUUGUCUUCAAGACUUUACAUUCUCAUAGAUUUGGCAUUGGAAAAUUUGAAGAUGGUCGUUUGGAGGCUUGGAGAUGUGAAAGAUGCCAUGAUGAUUCCAAUUUUAAAGUGAUUUGUGAACUAUAAGUUCUAUUUUAGAACUUAUAUAGCUGUUGAACCAUCUACUAUUGUUUUUUGUUGAAAUUUACUCAAGUUAUACUGCUGAAAUGUGCUUGUUUUGCUGCUGAAAUGUUAUUCUUUGUCGCCACUAUAUUUGUUUAAAUAUUUUGAUUUUAUCGUGGGUUUUCCAUGGGUUUGCCGAAACCCGAUGGGUUUAGGGGACAG